GCUGCCGCAAUCAAUGGACUGGGAUAAUCCUCAUCAUGACGAUUUCAUAGUGGUUUCUCGCGAAACUGGAUUUGGAGGAUAUGAAGCGCUCAAGCCGAAAGGCGCAGACAUCCCUAAUACUCAGUUCUUCCGCAAAGCCAUCUCCCCGGGCAAUCGCGCGGAGUUGGAAGAUGCGUUGGCCUUGCAGGAGAAUAAACUGGCAAAUGUGACAUUUGGCACGGUCUACCCUAUCUACGCUCAUGAAGGACGCAAGUGGAUCUUGAUCUCCAUUUCCGACCACGAGUCGGACAAUCGAUCGACCAUCAGGGAGUCCUGAAUCCGGUUGGUCAUACAGAAUCGGGAUUGCCCAACCCUAAAAGCCUUCUGGCCCGAAGCGACCCUCUAAGUGCUCUUCGGUGACUUCAGGUUCCUGC